GGCCUGGUUCCUCCCGCCGCCGCCCGGGCCCUUCCUGCGCCGCCCUGCGCGGGGGCACCGACGUGUCGCGGCGGAGGAGCCGCGCUAGGCCGCGCAUCCCGCCCGGCGCCUCAGGUCCCCGGCAGCAUUCCCGACCAUGCCACGGGGAGAGAUAUGACGACGGCCUCCGGGAGAUACUCCUGGCGUGUUCUCCAUAAGCUUUUAUCAAGUGGUGAUUUUAUGCAAUGGCAUCAAGCCACAGUUCCUCACCAGUGCCUCAGUCGAACAGCAGCGAUGCUUUCUUUAAAAAAGAAGUGGACGCCACGAAACGCUUUCGCCCUGUGCAGUCCCUGCCGGACGUGUGUCCCAAGGAACCCACAGGCAAUCCCAAUAGCUUACAUGACAGCCCAUCUCUAGUUGUGGAUCAGCAAAGAUGGACUAUUUAUCAUUCCAAAGUCAAUCUCCCAGCAGCACUAAAUGAUCCUAGGUUAGCAAAAAGGGAAUCUGAUUUCUUUACAAAAACAUGGGGAGUGGACUUUGUGGACACUGAAGUCACGCCUUCAUUCUACCUCCCACAGAUCACCAAGGAACAUUUUGCAUUAUACCAACAGGAAAUCACUCCGAGAGAGAAGGUUCAUGAAAGGUGCAAGAAUAUUUGUACUCCUAAAGAUACCUUUGACAGGACACUAUUACACACUCACGAUAAAUCCAGGACAGAUCUGGAACAAGUACCUAAGAUUUUUAUGAAACCAGAUUUUGCCUUGGAAGAUUCCUUAACAUUUAAUGCCGUUUUACCAUGGUCUCAUUUUAGUACCGCUGGUGGAAAAGGAAAUCGUGAUGCAGCUUCCUCCAAGUUACUUCAAGAAAAGCUGAGCCAUUAUCUGGACAUUGUGGAAGUCAAUAUUGCUCAUCAGAUUUCUCUCCGUUCAGAAGCAUUUUUUCAUGCAAUGACCUCUCAGCAUGAGUUGCAGGACUACCUCAGGAAAACCUCCCAGGCUGUAAAAUUGCUUAGAGAGAAAAUCUCUAAAAUUGAUAAAGUAAUGUGUGAAGGAUCGCUUCGAGUUUUAAGACUGUCACUCACCAGAAAUAACUGUAUAAAAGCAUACAAUAAACUGAAGUUAAUGGCUACUGUACACCAAACACAGCCCACAGUACAGUUGCUGCUCUCCACUUCAGAGUAUGUUGGAGCUUUGGACUUAAUAGCAACAACACAAGAGGUGUUACAGCAAGAGCUUCAAGGUAUUCACAGUUUCCGGCAUCUUGGCUCACAGCUUUGUGAACUGGAAAAGCUGAUAGAUAAAAUGAUGAUUGCAGAGUUUUCAACUUAUGCUCGCAAUGAUUUAAAUAGACCCCUAGAAGAUGAUUGCCAAAUUCUAGAAGAGGAGAGACUUGUAUCUCUAGUAUUUGGACUUCUGAAACAAAGGAAGCUAAAUUUUUAUGAAAUAUAUGGAGAUGAAAUGAUUAAUACUGCAAAGAAUAUAAUUAAACAGUGUGUGGUUAAUACGGUAUCGCAGAUAGAAGAAAUAGACACAGAAGUGGUUGUUAAGCUUGCAGACCAGAUGAGGAUGAUGAAUUUUCCUCAGUGGUUUGAUUUACUGAAGAAUAUUUUUUCAAAAUUCACUAUCUUCCUCAAGAGAGUAAAGGCAACGUUAAAUACUAUCCGUAGCGUGGUUUUCUUGGUUCUAGACAAGAACCAAAAAACCAGAGACCUGGAGGACACGUUACAGAAGAACUCUGCUAAGGAGAGCCUGGUGGACAGCGAGGUGGCCUACCUGACCCACGAGGGGAUGUUCAUCAGUGAUGCCUUCGGUGACGGGGAGCUCCCGGCUGGAGCAGCCGACUCUGCCUCCCAGAGGAACACCUCCCCCAACAGCGAGCCCUGCAGCAGUGACUCCGUCUCGGAGCCCGAGUGCACCACCGACUCCUCGUCCAGCAAGGAGCACACGUCCUCCUCUGUCACUCCAGGAGGAGUGGAGAUGAUGAUCGGUGAGGACAUGAAACUGACUGACCUGGAGCUGGUCAGGCUGGCAAACAAUAUCCAGGAGUUACUUUAUAAUGCCUCUGAUAUCUGCCACGAUCGCUCAGUCAAGUUCCUCAUGGCAAGAGCAAAGGAUGGCUUCCUAGAGAAGCUGAAUUCCAAUGAGUUUGUUACUCUUUCUCGCUUGAUGGAAGGCUUUAUCUUGGAUACUGAGCAGAUCUGUGGCAGGAAAAGCAUGUCCUUGAGAGGAGCUCUUCAGAGUCAAGCCAAUAGAUUUGUGAAUAGGUUUCACGAGGAGAGGAAGACAAAACUAAGCCUGCUUUUGGACAAUGAGCGCUGGAAACAAGCUGAAGUUCCUGCCGAGUUCCAGGACCUCGUUGAUUCAGUGUCAGAUGGCAGAAUUUUUCUCCCUGAAAAAAAACCAACAGCUACUGAAGAAAGAAAGCCAGCUGAAUUCCUUAUUGUUGAAGGACAAAAAUAUGCAACAGUUGGGACAGUAUUGCUGCUAAUAAGAAUAAUCCUGGAGUACUGCCAGUGUGUGGAUAACAUUCCUUCCAUCACCACUGACAUGCUGACCCGCCUGUCCGAUUUACUGAAGUAUUUCAACUCUAGAAGUUGCCAAUUAGUGCUUGGAGCUGGUGCAUUACAAGUUGUUGGCUUGAAAACAAUCACUACAAAAAACCUAGCCCUUUCUUCACGUUGCCUCCAGCUCAUCGUACACUACAUUCCCAUUAUCAGGGCUCACUUUGAAGCUCGGCUGCAGCCAAAGCAGUUCAGCAUGCUCAGGCAUUUUGACCACAUCACAAAGGAUUAUCACGACCACAUAGCUGAAAUUUCAGCAAAGCUCGUUGCCAUAAUGGAUAGCUUAUUUGACAAACUAUUAUCCAAGUAUGAAGUGAAAGCCCCUGUUCCUUCAGCAUGCUUCAGGAAUAUCUGCAAGCAAAUGGCAAAGAUGCAUGAAGCUAUAUAUGAUCUCCUUCCUGAGGAGCAAACUCAGAUGUUGUUUUUACGAAUUAACGCAAGCUACAAACUCCACCUGAAGAGGCAGCUGGCCCACCUCAAUGUGGUCAAUGAUGGAGGACCUCUGAACGGGCUGGUUACUUCAGAUGUGGCUUUUUACACUGGAAACCUUCAAGCUCUGAAAGGCCUUAACAACUUAGACCUAAACAUGGCUGAAAUCUGGGAGCAGAAGAGGUGAUAAUCCAUUGGGAGCAGUCACUUGGCUCUGACAACAGACUGACUCUUCUAAGCAGUGUGACGACGGUGAGGUGAAUACUUGAGCCCAGAGCCCAGAAAGGGCAGGAUUGAGAGUCGGGGGAGCUUAGACUCAGAGGGAGCUGCAGGGAAAGAUCCUUCCAGUGUCCUUCAGCAAGAAACAAGUGAUCAGCUGUCUGUGCAAUGUUUUUUCAUUCUCUCUGGAAACAGACUCAGGUUUCUUUGGACCAAAUCCAAAAGAACACAUAGCUGUAACACAGCUGUAGUUGUCUAGAAUGCUCUGUAUAUCUUUAUAUUAAAAAGAUGCUUUGCAUUUCUUCUAGUGCAAUG